CUCAUGCCAGGGUACUAGGUGUAAUCCUGGACUCCCAUCUGUCCUUUCAGCCCCAAAUCCAAUCACUGCUAUCCCCAAUUCAGCCUAUCAUGAAUGCUGCUGCCAGACUCAUCCACCUUACUAACCGUUCUGUAUCAGCCACCCCUCUCUGCCAAUCUCUCCACUGGCCUCCACUCAGUGUCCUCCACCCCUCUCUGCCAUACCCUCCAGUGGCCUCCACUCAGUGUCCUCCACCCCUCUAUGCCAAUCCCUCCACUCAGUGUCCUCCACCCCUCUCUGCCAAUCCCUCCACUGGUCUCCACUCAGUGUCCUCCAUCCCUCUCUGCCAAACCCUCCACUGGCCUCCACUCAGUGUCCUCCACCUCUCUCUGCCAAUCCCUCCACUGGUCUCCACUCAGUGUCCUCCAUCCCUCUCUGCCAAUCCCUCCACUGGCCUCCACUCAGUGUCCUCCACCCCUCUCUGCCAAUCCCUCCACUGGUCUCCACUCAGUGUCCUCCACCCCUCUCUGCCAAUCCCUCCACUAAUCUCCACUCAGUGUCCACCCCUC